UUUUAAAAAUUUUAGCAGCAAAAACUCGUUACAAAAAACACUAUAAUACGCAGUUAUCUCUAAAAAAAUAUUAAAAAAAAUCUAAAAGUAAAAAAGAAAAACAAAAAAUACAACAGCACACGUUCCGUUUUUGAAAUUGCUGCUAUUUUCAUACACGCACAUAAAUUUCCAUUUACAACUUCGAUUUGUCGCCGCGUCUUGCCAUUUGAUUUAUGCCUCUUCAAGCGCUCACGACCCGUCGGUUAAACACCCAUGUGCAGUGACAGUAAAUUAGUGCGUCGAAAUACACAAAUCAGCCAUUACAACUACAAAAAAUCAAAAGCAUAAUAAAAACUGUAUAUCUCAAGUAGUAAAAUCCGAAAACUUUGUCAGCUAGUUCGAUUCAUUAUAAGUGGAUUAAACGCUGAUAUCGGCCACCUUGUGCUUGAAGCAGCUACUUACACAUUGAGUCACCACGUAUCUACGCCACGCCUUACACACCGCACAGUUGCAGGCGAACGGCACAAUCAUCGAUCGCACUAACGACCGUACGACGCCACACACAGCGUCCGCGUACGUGCCGACCAAUAUUACGCCAACGUUAGACUAUACCGGCCUCACCACGACGACUACAUUUUUGCAACACUUCAAGGACGUCGUCACGACGAAGUUCUCCGGCAGAGAUCACCACCUGCCACCGCUGCAUCCGCAUCCGCAUCCGCACCAGCAGUCGGCCGCACUGCAUCACCAUCAGCCACAUCAGUCUGUGGCACAGAGCUUUUCCACCAUUUUUCCCACGUACUUAGGCAUGGAUCGCGCCGGUGGCGGCGGCGGUGGUGCCGUCGCUGCUGGCAGCGGUCUGGGUGUGGUCCACAAUUCGGCCGGCACCGGUGGUGCGCUAAAUGGUCUCGAAGCAAUGUCAGCCGAAUCGACCGGCCUCUGUUUGCAGGAUUUAGUAAGCGCUGGCACAGCAGCGGGUGCCGGUUCGGCAGGUUCGGCUGAGAGUACCAACACAACAAGCACUGCACUCAGUAGUGGCAGUACUGGCAGUUCAACGGUGAAUGGUAGCGCCGGUUCGGCCACGGGACAAGAGCAUUUGCACAAUCAUCACAGUCUACAUGACUCCAAUUCGUCGGUUAGCAUUUCACCCGCCAUCUCGAGUCUGAUGCCAAUCGGCAGUCUGAGUCAUUUACAUCAUACAGCUGGUCAGGAUUUGGGCUAUCCGCAGCAUCCACAUCACGCCGUGGUGCCACCGCAUACGCCGAAGCAUGAGCCGCUCGAGAAACUGAGAAUUUGGGCCGAGACUGGCGAUUUUCGUGAUAGUCAUAGUUCCAUGACCGCUGUAGCAAAUAGUUUGGAUAGCACACAUUUAAAUAAUUUUCAAACGUCCUCAUCAUCGGCGUUGUCGAACCGCAAUCGUGAUCGUAAGGAUGGUAAUCGUUCCGUCAAUGAGACCACAAUCAAAACCGAAAACAUAUCAAAUUCCGGUCAUGACGAACCGAUGACAACCACCACAGAUGAGCCGAAAAACGAUAAGAAAAACAAACGUCAACGCCGCCAGCGCACACAUUUCACAUCACAACAACUGCAAGAGCUGGAGCACACAUUCAGCCGGAAUCGAUAUCCGGAUAUGUCGACACGCGAAGAGAUCGCCAUGUGGACAAAUUUGACCGAAGCACGCGUUAGGGUGUGGUUCAAGAAUCGUCGUGCCAAGUGGCGCAAGCGCGAGCGCAACGCCAUGAACGCAGCUGUUGCUGCCGCCGACUUCAAAUCCGGCUUUGGUUCACAAUUUAUGCAACCCUUCGCCGAUGAUUCGCUCUACUCGUCAUAUCCGUACAAUAAUUGGACUAAAGUGCCAUCACCGUUGGGCACGAAACCUUUCCCCUGGCCGGUAAAUCCACUCGGCUCCAUGGUGACCACCAAUCAUCACCAAAACUCGGUGAACUGCUUCAAUACCGGCGCUAGCGGUGUGGCGGUCAGCAUGAACAACUCCAUGUUGCCGGGCACAAUGGGCUCUACGUUGACCAACAGCAAUGUCGGCGCCGCACCAUGUCCCUACACCACGCCCGCCAAUCCGUACAUGUACCGUGCCGCCGCCGAACCCUGCAUGACGUCGAGCAUGUCAUCGAGUAUUGCCACACUACGCCUAAAGGCCAAACAACACACCACCGGUUUUGCCAGUCCCUACUCGGCACCGUCGCCAGUGUCGCGUUCCAAUUCAGCGGGUCUGUCCGCCUGUCAAUACACCGGUGUGACUGAUGUUGUCUGAGAAAACGCCCUCGGGGCGCUACUCAAUCAACAUCAACAUCAUUUGCAUCACUUCUCCGCCAGCAGUGGUGGCGGUGUAUCCGCACACUCACCCAAUCUCAACAAUAAUUUACAUCAUUUACACAACAAUAAUAAUAACAACAACUUGUUGAACAACAACAACCUGCUGCUAGAUCAUAAUGGCGAGCUGAGCGUGGGUGUGGGCAGUCUGGUGGGCAACGGUGUGCACAAUAACAAAUCACCGCUGGGACAUCAACACAGUGAUAUGGGGGAUGGCAACGGCGGCCGUGGCGGCAAUGGUGGUGGCACAAAUAACGGACUGUUGGGGCCGAAUGUCAAUAGUGAUGGCGGCGACGAAGUGGAGGAGGUCAUCGACUAAAGCUGUCGAGGGUGGUUUUAAUUGGGUAGAGUUACUAUAAUGCAAAUAAAUAAAUAAAUAACGGCAACUUAAGAAGAAAGCAUAACACAACUGCGGCUCUCAAACUGUUCGAGUGAAAUGUAAAGGGAUGUGUAUAAUAAUUAUUAAAGAAAAUGUAAUAAUAAAAAAUAAACAAAAAAGCAAAAAAGCAAAAUAUUUGUUACAAUACUUGUAAAAUAUUGAUUAAUUAAAGUGCAUACAGAUGUUUAGUGUUAAGUAAUUGAAUUAAUUGUAGUUAAAAUGGUGAACAUUUGUAUUGAGAUAUAAAAUAAAAAAGGUUUAACAUAAUAUAUAUCCA